AAACAUUGUUAUAAUAACGAUGUUUUUACAAAAGUAUGUACGCUAACACUAAAAACUACCCUGGACUCCAAAGGGCGACAGAAGCCGUUGCAAACAAACACUUUGUAAAUAAACUAUGUCAAUAAACUACUAAAUAAAUAAAUAAACUAUGAUAUAAAAUCAACUAUGUCCUCACCUUUCCUGUCCUCACUCCCAGCUCUGUACCAGCUUGCCAGCGUGUGCAGAGGGAUGUAGUUGGCCUCAAACUCACAGUUGGGAUUGAGGAGGAGGCCCCUCAGACCCCCCCUGAGCCGUGGCUCACGUCCCUUAAAAGGUCCCAGGAAGAGGCGUCUGGAGUCGUAGUCGUUGGCGUGCAAGUUGUCCCAGAUGAGCGGCGGACGCUGGAGUAUGGACUCCACCUCUGCCAGGCCGUUCACUGACAGUUUCUUGGAGAUGACCUUACUUCCUGUGGAACCCAGAGAAGGUCCUCGCCAAUAGUCUGCAGAUAAGGAGACUUCUGCACGCUGGGGGAACACAGAGAAGCGCAGUACUCUAAAAGGAAAGCGGGUGGAUGCUGCUUCCUGGACAGAUGACCUGAGAUCUGCAUUCCAACACAGAAAUGCCUCUCCUCACCUACUGCUAAACUGACCUGAGAGCUUGCACGACUGGCCAGUGUAAUCAGAUUAGUGCAAAGGCAGGAUUACCCGCACAAGCAGAUGGAACACUGAGGCGGUCUUCAAGGUUUACCUUGAGCCGAAACGCUCAUAUUGGCAGAAGCUCAGCAAGAGAAGGACAGGAUGAAGAUGGAUUAAAACUCAUGUAGUCCAAGCAGACACGUAGAAGACACAGCACAGAAAGUACAGGAAAACCAGGGUACUUUGAAACAGGUGAUGGUGUGAUGGUGUGAUGUCUCCCGUGAUGGAUGAGACAGCGGGGGAUCUCCCAGUCCGAGAUGUGGGUCUGAUGAGGGGAGGACUCAUGCCGACUGUUCCAGAUGGCCCACGUGAUGUGAAGCCAUGGAAGAAGCAUCACAUCAUGAUGACCAAAGAUCCUCAGCGGCUCUUUCGUUUCCCCAGGGAGCAACUGGAGGACCUUUGCCUUCAUCUGCAAGAAGAGAAUGUUGCAUUGAGAACGCAUUCACGAGCACAGGAGCAGAAGAUGCGCAGGAUGUCCACCAGACUGAUGCAUCACCGUCAAGCCCGGCCCGGGUCAGCCAGCGGCAAAGAGAGGGACACGGAGGACACUUUGCAGGAGCUGGAAACCCGUGUGGCCACGCUGGAGAGCCAGAAAGUCAUCCUGCAGAACAAACUCAGCCAGGCAAAGCAGCACAUUCUGGACCUGGGUGGGCGCACACCAUACAAGUUCAACAAAGGUAAAAGUGCAGAAGUGGAUGUUGGAGUCAGAAGGGCGGCUCAGACAGCCCCGCCCCGCUACUGCCCCACAACGCAGGACACCAGGGGAGACAUGGAGAAAUUCUGUGUGAGCGAACAGUUGAGGUUGAUGGAGCUCCAGCUGACCACCCAGAGCCUCAGAGACACACUCCAAAAUAAAGAGCGAGAGAUGGAGGGAACCCUGAGAGAGAUGAAGAAACAACAAGUUGAAAGGCACAGAGCAAACAUCAGAGAGAACCUGGAUGUGAUCCGUCUCCAAAAGCAGCUUUCCGAGAAGAGCGCCGCCCUGCGGGUAACCAAAGAGAAGAUUACUGACUUGCAACAGGCUUAUGAGAAGCAGCUGGAGGAGAAUCAGAUGUCACUAAAGGAAAGCAACGCUGCCCUCCUGGAGAAAGUGGAAGAGCAGAGUGAGGAACUGAAGCAGGAGAGGCAGAGAGCGCUGAUGCUGGAGGGUCAACUCACAACUGCCAGUUUGUCUUUGCAGAACCUGGAAAAACUACAAGAGCGUAUGAGUGACCUGGAAGAAGAGAAGAAUCGGAUAAAAGAAAGCUACGACUCUCUACUUGAGAGCACUUUAGCUACCUACAACAGCCCUGUGGGGGAAGACAGGGCGGUGUGUGAGAAGAGGGACCAACCAGAAGACAUCGUCACCAGGAUGGACACAAACAUCCUGGAGGGUAUGCUGAAAGCUGAGAGGGAGGAGAGAGGCAGACUGGAAUCAGAGAAGGAGACGCUCCGACAAGAGAAGGAGAUACUGGAGGAGCAGAAAGAGCGAGAAGCAGCCAACCUAGACCAUCUGGAAGAGCAGAUACUCCAGUACAAACAACAGAUAUCUGCUCUGCAGCACAGACUUGACUCUGUCACUAAGGAGUUUGACAUGAGUGAUGAAGAGCUCAGCGAAACACUUUUUCAGAUCAAGGCGUUCCGAAUGCAGCAGGAAAGCAGAGAGGGCUUACAUCAUGACCUCAGAGCUGAUAGAGAAAACGAGGACCCUGAGCUUGCCAACAAUCAGGUCUUACAUGCUGAGACCGUGCUGGAAUUACAGAAAACCAGGAGCCUUCUUUUGCUUGAGCAUCGCAUCAGUAAAGAUCUUCAGGAGGAGUUGGACACAGUCAAAAGAAGGUUGGAGAGUGAAAGAGAGGACUCAAGGGUGAGGAUGGCAGAGAAAGAGAAAGUGUUAUCAAAAAAAACUCUCCAGAUCAACACGUUAAAAGCCCAGUUGAAAAACCUUGCAUACAACACAAAGAAUCACAAACGGACCAUACCAAUACAGUACACAUGGCAAACAGGAGGGGAGGAAUUAGUCCUGCCUGUUGAAGAUGACAUUUCCUUUUCUCCACUGAGGGUUGGAGAGUCUCUCUUAGAACUUCACAUCAAGGCAGCCACCUUCACUCCAGGUGGUCUUCAAAAUAUGAGCAGCAUGGAUCCAGACCAAGAUGAAGACAUGGUGACCUUCUGUACAUACAGCCUUUUGGACUUUGAAGUUCACUCCACACCUCUUGUGGCGGGAAGCCAACCCAACUACGGCUUCACGUCCCAUUACGCUUUGACCGCUCGCGAUCUGGCCAAACUGGAGUUGGAGGGUUCGAGAGUCAGAGUGGAGCUUCACCAGGCAGUGGGAGGGGUCCGGUUUCUGACUCACGGAAGUGGGCAGUUGUCUCUGAUGGCUGCUAUGGAUCGGAGAGGGGAGCGCAUUAAUGGACGUGUGAACAUCACAGGUUCUGUGGGGGAAAUAGUUGGUGUUGUGGAUUUCUGGGUGCGCCUGUUCCCUACUACGGAACCCAUGGAUGUGAUGAUGGUAGGAGACAAUGAAAGGAACACAGCAACACAAAAAAUACCGGCUCACAUCUCUCUUGGCUGGCAAGAUGGUGGCCACACGGAGUUGUAUGACUUUGGUGGAGGGAUUCCCAAUGAGCUGGUGUUGCUGCUGGAGCACUGUGAGGGUCUGAGGGGGCGUUGGCCCGGACUGCUUCCUGAUGCCUACCUAACCUACAGAUUCUACGACCUGCAGCCUCAUGUGUCCCAAACGGUCCGGAGUAAUGUUAACCCAGUUUUCCACGACACCACCAGCUACCCGCUUGCGGUCACAACUGAUGUGUUGCAAUACUUGAGGUCAAGCAGUCUUUGGGUGUAUGUGUUUGAUGACAGCGAUGACCAGAUACCAGCAGUCUACCUGGCUAAAACACCCAUCCCACUGAGAGCACUGGCUACCGGCAAAGAGAUCACAGGUGACUAUGUUCUACGGGAUCCAGCCGGGGGUCCACGGGGCACUGUCAGGGUGCUGAUUAAAUGGAAGUACCCCUUUCAACCACCGGUCGAGGCGAUAGAAAGCUCAGUGAGAAGACAAGAAGCAGAAGAGUCACCGAGGCCGAUAGCAAAACCCAGAGUCAAGACGCAGCAACUUGAGUCAGUAGAAAGCAGAACAAAGCUGAGAAAGAUGAAAAAUUGCCCUUCAACUGACAGCAUAAAACCAGACCAGACCAAGAGGUCCAGUAAGAAGUUACCCGGCCAUCAUGACAAGGAAGCCGAUAUUGUGCUCUCCCAUUCACCAAUCAGAAAAUCAUCAGAAGAAACAUCAUCCAGAACCGCCGCAUCACUGAGAAGAAGCUCUGUUAGUGAUCCUGCUACUCAAAACAUUUCCUCUAUGGACCUGGUGUCAAUGGAUGAAGAGCCAGAAAUGGAGGAAAGGAGCGAGAGUGCUGCUGCAGAAACCUCAUCUGAGACCUCAACAAGUGACCUCAUUGUUUCAUCCAAACAAAAGACAAGAAAGGGUGACAAGCUGAGAGUGGAGAUUCUGUCCUUGACCUUUGAACCAUCAUCUCAUGUCGCACUGGACGAUUCGGUGCAGCGUGUUUACGUGGAAUACCGGCUACUUGGCGUCCCCAUGGAGACAACGGAGACGCCCGUGUCCCUCCGCAAGCCCACAAAGGGGGAGGAGAUUUACUACAACUUCACACGAGUCAUCUACGUGGAUGGUUCCCUGUCAGCUCCGCUCAGACAGUAUCUUUACACCAUGUUGGAAGGCAGUGACCCCAACAAGGGCAGGUUAAAGUUCACAGUCGUCAGUGAGCCAAUGGACGACGAUGAGGAGUGUUGGGAUGUCGGAUGCUCCUUCCUGGACCUGCAGGAGCUGCUGCUGACAGGCAACGACGUCAUUGAACGUCAAAUCGACAUUGUGCGCGUGGAUGAUGAGAAUGAGGUAAUUGGAUUCCUCAAAGUGUCUCUGGAGGCAGCAAAAGCCCUAACUGGUAUUUACCAAGAGUUUCACCAGCCAGAGGAUACUGAAGAUAACAGUGAUGAAGAAGGACAGCGAGAGGAAUAGGAAGAGCAGAGAAAGAACAAUGCAAUAGACUAUGAUGAUGUCAGUGACUCCCACGCAAAAUAUGCGUCCGUAAAUUUAAUCACGCUAUUCAGAAAAAGUGAGGAAUAUUCACACUAUUCGCACAAUGACCGGCUGUUCUUGAACAAGGAGCUAAAUUGCAAAAAUCAUAUUAAUCCAUGAAUGGAUCAAUAAAUAUCUGGGUUCAAUAAUCACAAUAAGGUAUUUCAACAGUCAUCAUGCUUUCACACUUUUUGAUAUCAUGAGACCAAGACCCAUCCAUCCAUCCAUCCAUCCAUCUUUUAUGCUUACCUAGGGUCGGAGGUGUGCUGGAGUCUAUCACAGCUGUCCAUUGUGAGGUUUCAAACAGGAUGUUCUCGGGUAGAAGUGACCACUGAGUGUUGUCAGUAGGUUGCAACUGUGAUACAGAGAUGGGAAAUCAUUGUGAAUUUUCAGCUCUUUGUUGAGCAACAAGUAUUAAAACAGUUGGCCAUGUGCAUCACAAAGGUUAGGGAAGGUUAAAUUAAGUUGGGACAUUAAAGACAAGUAAGCAAACACAUUGAUAGUACAUAUAUAUUAAUACUGAAGUAAAAGUUUGAACUGAAUACCACAAGACUGAUUUACUGUAGCAGUAAUGACUUCUUUUCGUCAUGUACAAUGAAUUAAAUAUAUUUCUUCAUAUUGUUCA